CUUAGACAAAAACGCCAUUUUCCUCUCCAAUUUCUCUAAAUCUUCUCUCCGGCCAUGGCGAUCCGAGCCGCGAUUUCCGGUCGUCUCCUCAAGCUUAGCUCAUUUUCGAUCGGAGCGCGAUCCUUUUCGUCUUGGUGGAGAAACGUCGAGCCGGCUCCUAAAGAUCCUAUCCUCGGCGUUACCGAAGCUUUCCUCGCCGAUCCUAGCCCUGAUAAAGUCAAUGUUGGCGUUGGAGCUUACAGGGACAACAAUGGAAAACCCGUGGUACUGGAGUGUGUUAGAGAAGCAGAGCAGAGGAUCGCUGGCACUUUCAACAUGGAAUAUCUUCCUAUGGGAGGUAGUGUCAACAUGAUCGAGGACUCGCUGAAGUUGGCCUACGGGGAGAACUCAGACUUGAUAAAAGAUAAACGCAUUGCUGCAAUUCAGGCAUUAUCUGGAACUGGUGCAUGCCGAAUUUUUGCAGACUUACAAAAGCGCUUUUGUCCUGAUUCACAUAUUUAUAUUCCUGUUCCUACAUGGUCUAAUCAUCAUAACAUUUGGAGAGAUGCUCAUGUCCCUCAGAGAACAUAUCAUUAUUAUCAUCCAGAAUCAAAGGGUUUGGACUUUGCUGCAAUGAUGGAUGAUAUAAAGAAUGCCCCAAAAGGAUCAUUCUUUCUGCUUCAUGCUUGUGCUCAUAAUCCUACUGGGGUGGAUCCGACAGAGGAACAAUGGAGGGAGAUCUCGCACCAGUUCAAGGUGAACGGGCACUUUGCUUUAUUUGACAUGGCCUAUCAAGGAUUUGCAAGUGGGAAUCCAGAGAAGGAUGCCAAGGCUAUCAGGAUAUUUCUUGAGGAUGGUCAUCCGAUAGGAUGUGCCCAGUCAUAUGCAAAAAAUAUGGGGCUAUAUGGUCAGAGAGUUGGUUGCCUAAGUGUGGUUUGUGAGGAUGAAAAACAAGCAGUGGCAGUGAAAAGUCAGUUGCAGCAACUUGCCAGGCCCAUGUACAGUAAUCCACCUGUUCAUGGUGCUCUAGUUGUUUCUACCAUCCUUGGAGAUCCAAACUUGAAAAAGCUAUGGCUCGGGGAAGUGAAGGGCAUGGCUGAUCGCAUCAUCGGGAUGAGAACUGCUUUAAGAGAAAACCUUGAGAAGUUGGGCUCACCUCUAUCUUGGGAGCACAUAACCAACCAGAUUGGCAUGUUCUGCUACAGUGGGAUGACACCCGAACAAGUAGACCGAUUGACAAAAGAGUAUCACAUCUACAUGACUCGUAAUGGUCGUAUCAGUAUGGCUGGAGUUACUACUGGAAAUGUUGGUUACUUGGCAAACGCUAUUCAUGAGGUUACUAAAUCUGCUUAAGCUCUAACAUCAUGGAUUCAAUAAUCAGCUGUGGGAAGGCUGUGAAAAAUCAUUUUUUCCCCUAGUGCUUCUCCUUCGUUCUAGUAGGACGGACACUUUGUAGAAUUCCUUUUCUGUGAUUGGAAAGUAAAUUGAGAUUACAUCAUAUUGUAAGUUGAGUUAAAAUAAUCGUACUGAGGGGAGGGGGAAUAAAUAGAGCCAUUUUGAGGUGUAGAAGUCAUUAGCAACGUCGAGGUGGAGUUGGUAGUUAUUUUAGGGUACAUUACAGACUAAUCAUCCUAAAUUGUUAAGGUACUCCUGUUUAUCAUAUACAACAGCGUAGUUAAAUGAUAUUUAUGCCAACAUUUUGAAGUA